AUCCCCCCUCCAAAAUUUGACAUCCUCAUUAAACUCGAUCUUCCACCCAAAUCCCUGGAACCUCGCCGUCGUCGUAAUCUGCAACGUGUUGAAGGAAGCUACAUCCUCGUCAUCAUAAUAUACAUUGGGUCUGGUGGGGGAAGAAGAGUUGAAAGUGACGCGAGCACGAGAUGAGCCUGCAUCCCAUCCACGAUGAUGAUGAUGAGGAGGACGAGGCGACCCCACUGCUCUCGACUGACAAGGAUCACUUGGGAAUACACCAACUCAUCCAUCGAAUCCGGUUUGACUUGCUCACUCUGAUUGAUACCCCACUCUCAACCGAACAACUCACCUCGCCUGCAAUCACCUUCUCCAUCACCAGACCACUCGAAUUGACCUACUUCAACCUAGCACACCAUGCCAUCAUCUUCGCACUACUCGUCAAUCGAGUCCAAUUUAUCACUGACUCAACCCAUGCACUCACCCUGCACUCAGUCAAUGCAACCAGAGCAUCACUCUGCGAGAUCCUAGCCACCAACAUCCUCAGGAGGGUUCACGAAUCAGAUCUCCACUCAUUCCAACCAUCCAGCUCAAGAUCAAAAUCAACCAACACCACCACCACCAGACAUACCGUCAAUCAGAAACUCACCCCAGAGGAAGAAGAAGCUUGUCUACUCAAAUCUGCUAACGUCCUCGCAACCGCCUUCAGUCCAUUCGAAGGCGCACCCACUCAGGUCAUCUCCUUCCUAGAGGCUGACUGGGGUUCCUCCGAUGCUAAGAACGUACUCUCCAGACAAUCUAAUGCACUCGAGAUGGCCAUCGUUAGUGAAGCCAAACAAUUCAUCAGAAGCCCUGCCUGUCAAAGGGUCAUUGAUGCCAUUUGGUCAGGUAAGAUCGUCUACACAUCCACCGCCAUCGUUGAUAUCCUCUCCGAUCGAUACAAACAUCGACCCGUCUCCCUCUACAAUCCACGCAAUGCGCCCUUACUGAACCAUUAUCGACUGACCGUGCCCCGUAAUCGAGCCGCCCUCGAAUACUUCCACUAUGCCGUCCUGAUCUGUUCCUAUGUGGCCACACUGCAGACCCGCCAACUAGAGAAGAUGAAUGGGUUUGAGAUCUGGUUUAAUAUCUUCACCGUCGGCUUUGCGGCCGACAAAUUAGGCUCGAUCCUCGAACAUGGGUGGUUGGUCUUCAUCGCCAACCUCUGGAACGGGUUCGAUGCGGCCUUCAUCCUCGGCCAUACGGUCUAUCUAGCACUCAGGAUCACCGGCUUAGUCUAUCUCUCUCACUACGAAUUAGACUCUCAUUGGCUCAACGAACAGUCCCAUCAAGUCUUGUCUUGUCUCGCCAUCCUCAUCUUCCCCAGAUUGGCCUUCAUCACCCUCUCCGAUAACAUCCUCAUCCUCUCACUCAGAUCUAUGCUCAGUGAUUUCGUCUUCCUCAUGCUCCUCGGCGCUUGGUGCUUCCUUGGCUUCGGCUAUUCUCUCUACUCUCUUCAAAGGGGUAAGGUUGAAUUCGGUGAACAGGCUCCUUACUCUUUGGGUGAGAUCGCCAUUUGGAUGGUCUACAUCUUCUUCGGUCUCGACGCCACCGGAAUCUCAAAUGCUCACGAGUUUCAUCGCAUCUUGGGACCCGCGAUUUUUAUAAUAUAUGCUUGUCUAUCUAACACUCUACUAGUUACUGUCCUGGUCUCCAUCCUGUCGAAGAUUUUCAGUGAUAUCUCGAAUGAUUCGAUAGCCGAGACGCUGUAUAGGAAGGCGGUCUUGACCUUCGAGGGAGUCAAGUCGGACGCGUUAUUCUCCUUCCAACCCCCGUUCAACAUUCCAGCGAUGAUGAUCCUGAUUCCAUUGAAGCCGUUCCUGACUCCGCGCAAGUUCCAUACCGUCGUGGUGUUUCUUUGUCGGAUGUUCGGAUGUCCGGUACUCCUGACGAUCAGUUUUUUUGAACGAUACGUUGUGGGGCCGUUCGACAAGGACAGGAACUCGGUCGGGAACUCGCUCAAACUGACAGUCGCCAACAGUCUGGGAGGCUUAGCCCUGAACCAUUUCAAUUCGAUCAUGAAGGGGAACAGUCCAGCGGGCGCGACAGGCAGGAGACGGACGACGAUGUCCAAGAUGUCUUCGCGCAUCUCGCGAAACUUGCGCAAGUUUGGUGGCCUGGCGGUCAUCAAUGCCUGUUUCGAUUAUGAGCCCUAUCCGCCGGUACAGAAUGACACGGAUGCCCAGGAGGCUGAGGACCAACUGACCCUUGUCCGCGACCGCAAGGUCUCCUAUGAACGUCCGCUUUAUCAGGAGCCCGAAGAGCUCGGACAUAACGACACCGUACGGAAGAAGAAACCCAGCUCGCCUGUACAAUCAUCUAGCGUCGGCAUCCAACCCUCGGAUCUUGAGAACGGUACGUUGCGGAAGGCCAAGCAGGCCAGCACAACCGGCCAGCCAAGUCUUGACUCGAAGAUGAAACACGCCCCUACUUUUGGUCCACUGGGCCCCACUCCUGGCAGAGAUUUGACGACCUUGGAGAAGUUGUUCUUGCCCCAUGCGGGCAUGGUGUCUUCAUUUGUGGGUCCGGUCCCGACGGUGCCGGUGGUGCGCACGGAAGAGCCCAGUGAGCCGACUGCCAAGCCGCCCGAAUUGACUAAGCGGGAGGAGGGAUCUGAUUCGGACUCAUCCUCAUCGACGAUCGACGAGGAGCGUUGUUCGCGGCCGACCUCUGACCGGCCCGGGCCGCCCCGGACUUCCUCGACCCUUUCCUCCCGGCCAACCACGAUGUAUCUCGACCCGCCUCGGACGUCUCUCGGCGGGAACCAUAAGCCGGCUUCGAUCAUCCAGGACGAGUUCGAGGAAGAGAGGCUGGAGCGUCGUCGACAUGGCAGGAGAAGGAGGACGACCACCCGACGCUCCGCUGGCGGAUCCUCCUCCGACCUCGACGUCCUUCAUAUCGCCGCCCGCUCAUCUAGACAUAGUCUCAUCGACCAUUCUUCUCUGCUCGAUGAUCAUGAUACUCAGGAAAGCUUGAAUGCCCGCAGAAGUAAUAGGAAUGAGGAUCGCUUGCUGCUCGUCUCUCUCUCCGAACUCGAGAAACUCCUCCAAUCUCACUUCCAUAAUCUCGAACUCAAACUCGCCUCUUCUCUCAAAAAUCAUCUCUCAAAUCUUCCUUCCCAUCUUCCUCCUCCUCCUACUUCUUCUUCGUCUGCCACUUCAUCUUCUGCUUCUGCUACGCCUUGUCCUUCUGAGACUCAUUUGACUGUUACUCCUCCGGAUCCAGCGCCUAUACUCGAUCAUCUUUGACCCUUCUCCUCUUCUUCUUCUUAAUUCUAUCCCCCCCCCCACUUUUUUUUUCUUAAUAUUUGUAAGCAAAAAACUCUCUUUGGUUGUUUUCUUUCUUCGUUACUUUACUUGUUGACGCAUACUUAUACGAUUAGACUUUUCCUUCCUUACAAAAAAAAAUCAGACGUCAUGUUGUACAAAAGUAGC